GAGAGAUUGUUGGGUUUUACAGAAAAAAAGUCGUCUAGUUCUUGAGAGAGAGUUGAGAAGCUUAAAUUAGCUUUAUCUUUUGCAUUCAAUUCUUUCAUUUCUAUCCUCUCAUCAAACUCUACAGCUUCAUUAUACCCUAACCGACUCCCUCUCUUUCCUAUCUGUAUAUGUAUUGAUCAUUAUGGAAUUAUUUAAAUUGGAGAAAAGCGUUUCAGUUCAAUUUAUAGUAUAUGGAUUUUGCAAGUACUGCACUUGAAAAUAUUAUACCAGAAGAGGAAAGUCAAUUUCUUGUUGGAAAUCCUGUAAUGGCUUCCGAUAAAGGCAACAACCACUCUACACAACUAGUCUUGGACAAAAACCAUCAGCAGCAAAAUCAUCAGAUGCAGCAGCAGAUUAAUUAUGAUCAUCAAAGGCAGAUUAAUCAGAUCUCUUUUGGGAUGAUGCAAUCAUCUUCUUCAUCAUCAAGGUUUCUUGAAAACUUCAUAAGCAAAGACAACCCUGGAGCUUAUGAUUUAGGAGAAUUAGAUCAAGCCCUUUUUCUUUAUCUUGAUGGCCAAGAUCAGUCAACAACUGAAGAACAAACACAGAAUUCCGGGAUGAGACCACCUACAUUGAACAUCUUCCCAUCUCAGCCCAUGCAUGUAGAGCCAUCAUCACCAACAAAGGCAAGUACCGGGUUGCUUUCUCCGUCUACUAAUGUUUCCAAGAAAUCAUCUGGACCGUCCGUGGAGCCUUCUAACCCUAGAAAUGAUGUUGCUUCUGCUCCUCAAUCUACCAAAGCACGUAAGGGAAAUCGCAAAGGUCCUACUUCAAGUUCAGAACAAGAUGGACCAAAAACACCAGACCCUAAGAUUUUGAGGAGACUUGCUCAGAAUAGAGAAGCAGCAAGGAAAAGCAGGCUUAGGAAAAAGGCAUAUGUUCAGCAGUUAGAGUCGAGUAGAAUCAGACUUACUCAAUUAGAACAAGAAUUACAACGAGCUAGAGGCCAGGGUUUUCAUUUAGGCGGAAAUUCUCUUUUGGGAGGGGAUCAUAGUAUUCCUGCUGCUAACAUAAGCUCAGAUGCUGCUGUUUUCGACAUGGAGUAUGCAAGAUGGUUGGAGGAACAUCAUCGGCUAAUGGUUGCACUUGGGAGUGCAAUGCAAGAUCACGUUCCCGAAAAUGAGCUUCGAAUCUAUGUAGACAACUGUUUGGCACACUAUGAUCAAGUUAUGAACCUCAAAAGCAUGAUUGUGAAAUCCGACGUUUUUCAUCUUGUUUCGGGCACGUGGAAGACUCCGGCCGAACGUUGUUUCUUGUGGAUAGGAGGUUUCCGACCAUCAGAGCUCAUCAAGAUAAUUUCAAGUCAAAUAGAGCCAUUAACAGAGCAACAACUGUUGGGGAUAUAUAGCUUACAGCAAUCAACACAGGAGGCUGAAGAAGCCCUCUCUCAAGGGCUCGAAGCUCUAAACCAGUCACUUUCAGAAACAAUUACCUCGGAUUCAUUGAACAUCUCAUCAGACAUGAAUAGUUUCAUGGGACAAAUGGCUUUAGCUAUCAGCAAACUCUCUACCUUUGAAGGUUUUGUUAGACAGGCUGAUAAUCUGAGGCACCAAACGCUUCACCGGCUCCACCAGAUUCUGACCACCCGUCAAGCUGCUCGCUGUUUUCUGGCCAUUGCCGAGUACUUCCACCGCCUUCGCGCCCUCAGCUCUCUCUGGCUGGCUCGCCCCAGGCCUGAAUGACAAAGAAAAAACCCGAAUCAAGUGAUCUUAAUCUUAAUUAAUUAAUCCGCUCUCCUUAAAAAUAUAUUUAGCGGAAUUAUUUUCGUUUUUACUUUUCUAUAUUCUGUAAUCUGUAUAGAUAGACAGACAGACAAUAAUAUCUGAAUUAAAUGAUUAUAGAAGUAGAAUAAGUAACUUUUUUCUGCAUUUCUGCUCA